UGAGUCUGACAGGUGGAGGAGAAAGGUGUGCACCAUUGCAUUUUUCUUCAAUACCACUAAUAAGUAUAAUGCUCAUGGUAUGACAACCGUCAGUUGUCAUACCAUGGUAUACCGUGAAACUGGUACACCACUGGAAGCAUAGUGCACACUGUGGUAUUGCAACAUUUAUAUUUGUAAAUGAGCUGAAUACUUCUUCUUCUACUGCUGCUCAAUUAUUAACUUAUAAUAACAAAGGGUUUCUGAUUAGCAUUUAAAUCCACAGUUGAGCCUUAAAAUGGCCAGAGAAAGUAACAUUUCCUUUGAUACACCAGAUUUUGUAACAUUUAUAUAACCCAUAAUCACCCGUUUUGAGCUGUGCAUCUGUGAGUCAUAAAAUAUCGAUCCUGAAUACAUAUUUUCCGUCCUAAUAAUACUAUUUUGGUCUCUUAAAUAGAUCUAAUGACGCAAACAGCCCCCAGCCAAAAGAAAAAAGCAAAAAAGCAGUGCUACUUGCGCACCUCAUUUCCAUGGAUCUCUCAGAUGAGCGCAUAUUUAAACCUGGCCCCUGCACAGGCGACGGCACACCUGCAGUGGCUCGGGUCUCACGGUGAAGCCUCCAGCAGCGCACGCAGUGAUGAAGACGGAGAGCGCGGCGCAGGCGGUGCCGUUCAGCGGGAGGAAGCAGAGCCUGAUCGAGGAUGCUCGCAGGGAGCGCAGCAGCGGCUCCGCGGGCUCUCCGGGGCCCUCCAGGUACGGCGACGGCUUCGUGUUUGAAGAGAAGGACGGCAGGGUCACUCUGAACGUCCUGUUCAAUAUCGCCAAUGGGAGAAAUGCUGGGUUCUUCAAAACAGGGAAAAUAUUCGAGACGUUUGAAGCCAAACUUCUCCACAUCGAAAGUCGACCAGGGAGGAAGUCCAAGAACAGCCCGACAGACCUGGAGUUCUUCAUGAAGUGUGAAGUUCACAGCUCUGACCUGGACGUGUUCAUCAACUCCCUGAAGAGAGUGGCCGAUGAUGUUCGCUCUGUACCCGAGGAAAAAGUUCCCUGGUUUCCCCGACAGAUGAAAGACCUGGACAGAUGCAACAUGUUAAUCACCAAAUUUGAUCCGGACAUGGACCAGGACCAUCCAGGCUACCGAGACCCAGAGUACAGGAAAAGACGGGCUUUCAUCUCUGCGCUGGCCUUCAGAUAUAAACAGGGGGACCCGUUGCCCAUUGUGGAGUACACAGCAGAGGAAGUUUCAACAUGGAGGGAGGUUUACCAGGGGCUGCGGAGCAUCUACCCCAGUCUGGCCUGCAGGCAGUUCCUGGACGGGCUGCAGCAGCUGGAGGAGGAGUGUGGCUACGGAGAGGAUCGCAUCCCUCAGCUCGGAGACGUGUCUGCCUUCCUGAAAGAGAAGACAGGUUUUCAGCUGCGUCCGGUCGCCGGCCUGCUCUCAGCCAGAGACUUCCUGGCCAGCUUGGCCUUCAGGGUGUUUCAGUGCACACAGUAUAUCCGACACUCCUCUUCACCCAUGCACUCCCCUGAGCCGGACUGCUGCCAUGAACUACUCGGUCACAUUCCUAUGCUGGCAGAUAAAGAAUUCGCCAAGUUUUCACAGGAGAUUGGACUUGCUUCACUUGGAGCUUCUGAUGAAGACAUUGAGAAACUCUCAACGUUAUACUGGUUUACUGUGGAGUUUGGCCUCUGCAAGCAGAAUGGAACAGUGAAAGCUUACGGUGCCGGACUCCUCUCCUCUUAUGGAGAGCUUGUUUAUGCUCUGUCUAAUGAGCCGGAGUACAGGCCGUUUAACCCGGAGGAGAUGGCAGUGCAGCCGUACCAGGACCAAACCUACCAGCCUGUUUACUUUGUGUCUGACAGCUUUGAGGAUGCAAAAAUUAAGCUGAGGAGGUACUCUGCAACCAUCAAGCGUCCCUUUGCAGUUCACUAUGACCCCUUUACCUGCAGUGUGGAAGUUCUGGAUCAGCCCAGCAAGAUCCAAAAUGCUCUGAGCCAGAUUAGAGAAGAGCUGAAGACGCUUCACAGUGCACUGGAGAAGCUCAGCUUAUCCUAAGACCAGGAACACUCUUUGUAGGGAUAAGACAGAAACUUCAAAGCAAAACGAUGGAAAGUUGACCUGUGUAAACACUGCAAUGUGAUUAACUACUAUGAGCAACUCAGACACACACAAAUCAGUUUAGUCUGUUUGUGAGGUUCCACAGGGCAAUUUAUUUGUGUGUACAAUGUAUUAUGUAAUGUGAAGAUCAUGUAAAAAGAAAUAAAUGUUUAUUUUCAUGAGAGGUCUCUUUAAAACCUAAGUGCUGUCCAGUGUUUACCAGCAGGAGAAAUAAGCGAUAGAGAGGGAACCACUACAAUACAGGAUAAGUAGGUCAAUUUUUAGUUUUUAAUUCCAAACCAACUCCUUUUCAUUUGGAAAAUUCUUGGAACCCAUUUAUUUCAUGUGUUUCUAAGCAAAGACAAGGAGCUAAUUAUUAAUGAUUUAAGUAUCAUGUUCCUCUGCUGGUCAAGGCCAGAGCUAGCACAUCAGUAGAGCCAGGUCACUGAGACCUCACAGUCAACCACAACACGCUCCGCAUGGCUGCACUGCUGACAGAUGCUCUUCUCUCUUUAUUUCUCUUUCUGUGUGUGACUAGAGAAUUUGGCCUACAGUGCUUUUGACUGACGUCCAGUGUUUUGAUCUCCACACAGGCGACAACGCAUAUCAGUGCCGCUCAUGCCAGUGCUUUUCCCUUAAAAGACAAAUCAUCCCCAUCUGCAGGACUCAAAACAUCACCACCCUCAACACAGUAGCUGGCAAACCCUCCCAUUGGCCACCUUGUACUGGGAAGCUUUCCCUUCCCAUAAUUCCGCUUGUACAGUAAAUCAAACCUUGCUCAAGCCUCCCUGAGAAAGUCUGUGUUUGCAGAGUAGAGAAACUGUGUGAAGAGAGAGAGAGAGAGAGAGAGAGAGGCAUAAAGCAAGUGGAAGUAAAGGAUGAUCUACUGCUUGAUAAGUGUGUAGGGAUACAUACAUACAUACACUCUCUCCAACCAAAGGUUAAACACUUUUUGAUCUUCAUCUAGCACAUCACAAAUCCACAUGAAAGCAACACCAGGAUCUCGAUCUGCAAAAUGCUAAAACAAACAUAUGCCAACAUUUUGCCAACAAUAGAGAAUGAUGGAGGAGCUGGUUGCGACAUUAUCUCCAACUGGGGACAAGGCAAAGUUGAUCAUUGUUCCCAAAUCACUCACCACAUCCAUUCACAAUUUCGGCUACACCUUUAGCAACUUUGCUCUCUCUCCUCACUAAUAUGCAACCAAAUACAGAUGCUCUGCAGAACUUUCACAGGAGGUCAAGUGAUCAAACUCUCCAAUUUUGGAGGUUAAAAGACAAAA